UCGUUCGCGAUCCUUCUUUUUCUUUAUUCCCCCGGCGCACGAUAGCGCCAUCGCUUUCGUUUCGCGGUUGGUAACCGUCUCUCUUUCAUCACCGUAUUUAUUUCCAUUCACAGAACCAACAAACUCUCUCUCUCUCUCUGAUUCUUCUUCACUGUUCUCUCUCUGAGCAAAACCGAGGAUCCCUCAUAGUAUUGCUGCCAGCUAGUGCCCGAGUUUCAGUUUAAGCUUGGAUAGAAUGGAACUAUUAAGAUUUUACUUUGCUUUGAAGAGUUUUCAUGUGAUAUAUUAGUUGAAGACUUUUUUAUAUUAAUAAAAAAAGGCAGGUCAAAUAUUGGCUAAUGUGGAUGGGGCAUUCAUCUAUGUACAAGCGCACUCCUUCGAGAGAUAAUUCAAACAUGGAGGACGUGGAAGAAAACUCAGAUCUUUUAGACAUCGGCCUGGACAAGGGAACCUCAAAUCCUUCAUUGAUGCUUUCUUUACCGCAUGUACUUGUGGCGACCAUUUCUUCAUUCCUUUUUGGAUACCAUCUUGGAGUUGUUAAUGAACCACUUGAGAGCAUUUCUGUGGAUCUUGGUUUCCGUGGAAAUACAUUGGCAGAAGGUCUGGUGGUGAGCAUAUGUCUUGGUGGUGCCUUGAUUGGAUGUCUACUAAGUGGUUGGAUUGCUGAUGGGGUGGGGCGUCGUAGGGCUUUCCAAUUGUGUGCUCUGCCAAUGAUAAUUGGUGCUUCUAUGAGUGCGGCAACAAACAACUUGUUUGGCAUGCUUGUAGGAAGGUUGUUUGUUGGGACUGGCUUGGGCCUGGGCCCUCCUGUUGCCUCUCUGUAUGUGACAGAGGUUUCUCCUGCUUUUGUGCGGGGCACCUUUGGAGCUUUCAUCCAGAUUGCCACAUGCCUUGGUCUAAUGGGAGCUUUAUUUAUUGGAAUCCCUGUCAAAGAAAUAUCUGGAUGGUGGCGGGUUUGUUUUUGGGUAUCUACCAUUCCAGCUGCUAUACUUGCCACAGCUAUGGUCUUCUGCGCAGAGAGUCCACAUUGGUUAUACAAGCAAGGAAGAACUGCUGAAGCAGAAGCUGAGUUUGAGAGGCUUCUUGGUGUAUCAGAAGCAAAAUUUGCAAUGUCAGAGUUAUCCAAGGCAGAUAGAGGAGACGAUAGUGAUAGUGUGAAGCUGUCGGAAUUGCUUCAUGGUCGUCAUUCUAAAGGUAUGCAUUUUUCCUGGUUUGUCUCUGGGAUAGUUGUGACUUGUGAGUGUAUUUGCCAUUGUUGUUAUCUGGUCACUGGUUUCCUUAGGUUUCCAAAAGUUAUUUUUUAUUCACAAGUUCGUUUUGCAGUUGUUUUUAUUGGAUCAACCCUAUUUGCUUUACAACAGCUAUCUGGUAUAAAUGCUGUGUUUUAUUUCUCUUCAACUGUUUUUAAAAGUGCUGGAGUGCCAUCAGACAUUGCAAAUGUCUGCAUAGGAAUUGCCAAUUUGGCAGGAUCUAUCGUUUCAAUGGGUUUGAUGGAUAAGCUUGGAAGGAAGGUUCUACUUUUCUGGAGUUUCUUUGGCAUGGCAAUAGCAAUGAUCCUUCAAGCCACAGGAGCAACUUCACUUGUAUCAAACAUGGGAGCUCAGUACUUUUCUGUUGGUGGCAUGUUCCUGUUUGUCUUAACAUUUGCUCUCGGAGCUGGCCCAGUUCCAGGUCUCCUUCUACCAGAAAUCUUUCCUAGUCGAAUAAGAGCCAAAGCCAUGGCAGUCUGUAUGUCAGUGCAUUGGGUGAUAAAUUUCUUUGUUGGACUACUGUUCUUGCGUUUGCUGGAGAAACUUGGUCCACAGCUGCUUUACUCUAUGUUUGCUACCUUUUGCAUCAUGGCAGUAAUUUUUGUAAAAAGAAAUGUGGUGGAAACCAAAGGGAAGUCACUUCAUGAAAUCGAGAUCGCACUUCUACCCCAAGACUAGAGCAUCUUAUGAAGCUCUAUUCAUUGAUUGCUCUAAUUCUGCAUACUUCCAGCUGAGCAGAUUGUGUUUCAUCUAUUAUGGUUGACCUUAACAGUACAAGGGGAAGCUCAACGCAGGAACUAUGCAUUGUUUUGCUGCAAUAUUUGUACGAAAGAGGUUUAGGUAUUAUGGCUAGCUGUGAUGUAGUAGGUGGUACUAUUAGCGGCUUACUUACGACACGACACCCUUCUGUUGUUACUCGAGCCUUGUGAUUCUCUGAUUUGGCAUCCACUUAAAGGGAGACAUAAUUCAUCAAGGGGGAUCUAUGCAUCCCAUAAUAUUUCCUUAAAUGUACUACUUUAUGUAAUAUUAUAUACGCUUCUGUACGUGACAUUAUUUUUAAUCGCUUGAAUUUUGUCCCAUUUUGGAUACGAAGUAGUCUAGCGUGUAAAUUCUGUCUGCAGAGUUUAUCGAUGGGCGAAAGCUUCGUGAGCUUAAGAAAUAGCUAUGAUCCGUAAUUCACCUCAUGAGGUUGAUUUAUGUAAAUCAAAAGUUGCCUCCAAGGUUAAUUGGUACUUCCACAAAACUAGUGGAAUAAUUAUAAGAAUCCUGAAUCUGAGUUUGGUAGUUUAAUUCAACAUUGUAUUCGGCUGUUUCAUCAAAAUCCAACCUUUUCCAA